AUGCCCACCGAAACCAGUCUCAUACCAGCUCGCGUCAAUCCCGAUCUGGAAAAAGAACGGAGGUCAGCCAGUUUCAAGAUUGAAGAAUUUCAGUGUUGGUGGUAUGGCGGCGCUGAUAAAUUAAAAGAUAAACGCGAAAUUGAAAACUACCUCUAUAAGGAUCUCAGAGAUGGUCACAUGCACGACUACCUAUCACAUGAAGAUGUUUACCAUCUGGCACUGAAGGAUGUCACCGAAGCAUCAAAAAAGUUACAAAAAUUGCAAGCGCUGCGCAAUCCAGGUGGCAAUGAUAUUUGGCCGAAAUUACUCUACAGCUUUCCGGGUCAAGCACUGAUGCCUAUUAACCAUCCUUUUGGCACGCACAUAACAAUGUUUGUUGAUGUGAUUUUCAGCCAAGGAACACCAGAACAAAUCGAAAAAUUUGGCAAACCUGCAGCGAACUGUAAUAUAAUCGGCACCUAUGCACAAACCGAAAUCGGACAUGGCACCAAUGUCCGUGGCAUUGAAACACGCGCCGACUAUGAUCGCAAAACCGACGAGUUUGUGUUGAACACACCUAAUCUUCAGGCAUACAAGUGGUGGCCGGGUGGAUUGGGACACACCGCCAACCACGCAAUGGUGGUGGCCCAGCUGUACAUCGACGAUAAACACCAUGGCAUUCAAAGUUUUAUGGUGCAGCUCCGUGAUUUGGAUACCCACAUGCCAUUACCAGGCGUGGAUAUUGGCGAGAUUGGCAAGAAACUAGGCAUGGCUGGCGUAAAUCAAGGUUUCUUGGGCUUAAGGAAUGUGCGCAUACCACGCACAAAUAUGCUGAUGCGCAAUGCCAAGGUUUUGCCGGAUGGCACAUUUGUCGCCAGUCCAGCAUCGAAAUUGAAUUAUAUGACUAUGGUAUAUACACGUUGCUUGAUUGGAAGGUGGUCAUCGAAUUACCUAUUGCAGGCUGCCACAAUAGCAACACGCUACUCGGCAGUUAGACGACAGAGUCCGAUUAAUACCAAUGAGCCUGAACCGCAAAUCAUCGAUCAUGUAACGCAGCAGUAUAAACUCUUUCCGGAAAUAGCCAACGGCAUAGCCUACCAUCUUGCCGCUAAACACAUGUGGGAAAUGUAUGAAUUGACGCUGAAAGAGAUCGCCGCUGGUGAUUACUCACGCAUGACAGACAUGCACAUAAUUUCGUGUGCACUGAAAGUGCUUUCCACCACGGAUGCCUCUUUCGGCAUCGAACGUCUACGCUUGGCUUGUGGCGGUCAUGGCUAUCUGUCCUCAACUAAUUUUAGUACCAUCUACGGCGAUGCUGUCGCUGCAUAUACUUAUGAGGGUGAAAAUACAGUGUUGUUACUGCAAAUCGGUAGAUACUUGGUUAAGUCUUGGUUACAGCUGACGCAAGGCAAGAAAAUGCCACCGUUGGUUGCAUAUCUGGCGGAAGUGCGUGAGAUGGGGCAAACGCCUCAAUGGAAUGACUCUGGGGAAUACAUUGUUAAAUUGUUGCAGUACACGGCGGCAAAUAAAACUCGAUUGGCCUUCGAAAAUCUGACAAAACGUGUGGCAGAGGGACAAACACAAGAGGAAGCGGCCAACCAUACAGGCAUCGAGUUGACGCAGGCAGCUGAGCUCCAUGGCCGCCAAUUUGUCGCUUCGGUAUUUUUAGAGCAAAUAAAAGCCUCACAGUUGGGUAACCGGUCUACAGCACUCAAUUUGGCCUUACAAAAUAUAUUGGAUUUGUAUUUAGUGCAAACUGUGCUGCGCCAUAUGAACGAUAUACUCCGGUUCACUGCGAUCAGCGAUGCAAAUCUACGCUCUCUGCAAACACGACUUGAAUUAGCUUUGAAGAAAUUGCGACCGGAUGCUGUGGGCAUUUGUGAUGGUUUCGAUUAUCAUGAUCGUGUAUUAAAUUCGACAUUGGGUAGCUAUGAUGGCAAUGUUUAUGAACGCUUGUUUGAAGCGGCAAAGAAGAGUCCACUAAAUAAGAAACCAGUGCCAGACUCGUUUGAGAAAUGUUUGAAACCCUUCUUAAAAUCAAAUUUGUGAAUAUUUAUAUAAUGUAUUUCAGCCUUAAUUUUUGUACUUGCAAUUAAAUAAAAAAUAACUGUCAUUUUAUGCCAAAAAAAAUAAUUGCUACCUAAAAUUGGAAGUUAUCAGCAAACUACAUAUUUACGGAACUUGCUAUAGGGACGGUUGUUUGAACUUUUGUGUUAUUUUCACCAAUUCUGUUAUUAGCAAAGAGUAUACAAGCUGGAUAGAAAAAUUUCAAAACAACUUUAAAUGUUUAAUAUUGACU